CAACUUAUACAAUAAAUACAUAUCGUAUCAACUAGUUUCUGUCAAAGCACACUUUUAGGAGUACACGGUCAAACUUGUUUUAUUAUGGACAUAGUAACUGUGACUGGUUUCAUUUACGCUCAAGCACGUACAUUAUACCUCGUUGAGGCGAUGUCAUGCCUACAGUUACUGUUGCUUUUGUCUGCAGAGAAUCGAAAAAGUGGAGCAUCCUGUUUGCACUCUCCUUUGCCUUCUCGCAAGGUGCAAUGUUCCUAGUGUAUGGCUGUGCCUUUCGUCUGGGUGCCUUCCUGGUUACGAGGGGGGAAGAUGGAAGCCACCAAUGUUUACAGGGUGUUCUUCACGAUGGCAUUCAGCGCGGUGUUUGUGGGCCAGUGGACUUCCAUGUUACCCGACUAUCUCUGGGCCAGGCUGUCAGCUGGCCUAGUCUUCAACCUACUCAAAGCAGAGACUGAAAUCGAUGGUUACUCGGAUGGUGGCAUGCGUCCCUACUUGGAUGGCAUGGAUGUGAGUGCAAUCAAUGUAGGAUACCUGCAGCAGUGCAUAAUGGCCUGCGAGCCACGGCUCUCCUUAAUGGACCACACCCUCGGGGAGAAUGUGGUGUAUGGCCUUGACCCGUCUUCUGGGGUGCCCAGCCAGGAGGAGCUAGAGGAGGCAGCCCGCAUGGCACGUUUCCACAAUUUCGUCAGCCAACUCCCCUUGGGCUACGACACACCCCUGUGUAACUCGGCCAUGACUCAGCUGUUAGAAGGACAGAAACAGCGAGUUGCACUUGCACGGGCACUUGUGCGCAAGCUGCCCAUUCUGGUCUUGGAUGAGGCUACGUCCACCUUGGAUGCCGAAGCUGAACAGGCGAAGCCCGCCGGGCAAGUCAGUUAAGUUCUCAGUGUGAAGGACUUGAGACGAGCGACAUGCACAACCUCAGUCUUGGUGGAGCGCCGUCCAGUUGCGCCCAUGUGUUUGCGGGUGAUACGGUGUCGAGUGGCGAAAGCUGGAAGCGCCUAAUCGAAGAAGCUCUUCUACGACAUCUGCAGUAAACUGGUAGCUGCGUUCAUGGAUGAUUACUCGAGGAGGGCUAUGACGGAAAAUGAUCGAAUGCAGCAGAAAAAAGGAAAUUUGAGACAUCGAAAGCAAGCGUUUUUGGUUCGUCAACAACUUGCCCUUCAUUAGUGUGAUCCGCUCCGACGAACACUGACACAAGUAUAAAUGAAUGAAGAGAUUCUAAUGCAGGAUGAAGAACAAGGGAACAUUCCAGUAAACAUAAUGUUGAUGGCAAAGGGGACGGUUAGGUAUACAAAGGGACAAGCUUCGCUUAUCAUCUAUCUUCACGGAGUGGAAGGGCCGACGAAUUUUUCUGUCUCUAUGUCUCUAUUGUUAAGAAGGACGACGCCCAAGCUCCUGCCUGCCUGAUGUUUCUGCAGGGUGGAAUUUAGGUGACCUUCAACUUUGAAGUCUCCUAACACCACUCUGAAAAUUCAGUGUUUGUGUCAUUGGGAACGUUCUGUCUAGGGAUUAACUCUGCGUCCAAAACUUCCACUACAACUUAUGUCACGAGCGAAAUGACGGAGUACCAAACACUGAAUUUCUGUGAUUGUCUUUUUCUCUGUACAUUUGCGGUAUAUUGUCACGAUGCACAAACAGCACAAAUUGUGCCAUAUAGGCCUCAUGCCAUCUGUGAAUCAUGUGAGCUGAUAUGUGAACAAUGUGGUGGGUUCACUGCAACUUCGCCGUUGGCAUUGAAGUUGUAGAUGCUUUCAACAUUGUUUUGCACCAAACGUCUUUUUCUCGGCGCAUUCUCUAUUGCGGGUAUCUGCCAUGUUUAAAGCUUAUCAUCGUUAUUGUCAUGAACAUCUAUUUCCUGCUGCCGACGUUCUUUUCACAAGCAUGACAAUGAAUAAAUUCACGAGAACAGACUGUCAUAUUGUGAAGAAUAAUUUUUGUUCAAUGUACACACAUAGUUCAUCCUCGUCCACUGCAGUAUUGCUUGUCCUGGACUCCUAAAUGCAUGCACAGUGUCACAAAAGAGCGCAUAAUCCAAGCGUGCGCAGUGUGUCACGUAAGCCAGUGAAAGAAGCACGCCGGCUCGUGGCAGCUUCGGCAUAGGAGGGAGCGCGUACACCUUAAACAGCCGAUGCGCCCAACGGAGCCUAGAAGCAUCGACAAGUUAGGCGAAGGCAAUGGUAAUGAGAGAGAAUGCGUGCGCCGAAACACCCUCUCAGACCCCGACAGAAACGGCGAGUUGAGAGAGAGAGGGGGAAGCCCGAGCGCACGCUAACGGAUGAGUCACCACCCUCCUCGCGGAUGUUGCGACAGCUGCGGUUGAAGGUGGGAGAAUUGACUAGAAGAUUGCCAGGCUUUGUUCAUGCUACGGGAUCUUAACUCUGACGGAAGGUUCCAGAACCCCCGGCGAAGACUAUAAAAGCGCCGUGCGAUAAUCGGAAGGGGGAUCAGACUGUGCUGGUAAAGAGAUGCUACGUGAUAACUAUGACCGUCUGCGGAAGAAGGGGAUUCUCCGGCAAGCUAGUUGACGAGUUCAUCGAGCAUCUGCAUUUCCGGAAGAAGUUACUUCGAGAUUUGCCUUGAGCUUUGCCGAGAUCGUCCGGCUCAAGACCAGCGCAGGUGAACACGAUUGGACACUUAGUGUUCCUAUUCAUUUUGCACUUUACGUGUUGGACUCUUAGUGCUUGUCAUUAAUUAUUUUCCUCUGUAUUGUGAAUAC